UCACGCACAAGGCGGAAGCACACGCGUAUCCCGUACGUGGGGAACAUGCGUGGCAUUGUUGGGAAUGGCACGGCUACGGGAAAAACAUUUUUAAUAUAACGAUGACUAGCCUAUAGCUUUAACACGUCUGAAUAUGGAGGACUACACAAUCCUAAAAGUAAUCGGUGAUGGGUCUUUUGGUCGAGCGCUGCUAGUUGAGCAGAAAAGCAGCUGCGAACAAUAUGUGAUGAAAGAGAUACGCUUACCAAAGAGUCCGACGGGAAUUCAGAAUUCCAGGAGGGAAGCCGUACUUCUGUCCAAGAUGAAGCACCCCAACAUUGUGGCCUUCAGAGACUCAUUUGAAGCUGGGGGACAUUUAUACAUUGUCAUGGAAUACUGCGCUGGGGGGGAUCUGCUACAUAGGAUCAAGCAGCAGAAAAACACCCCCUUCCCUCCCGAAAUGAUCCUGAGCUGGUUUGCUCAGAUGUGUGUUGGGACAAAGCACGUUCAUGAUCAACGAGUACUCCACCGGGACCUGAAGUCCAAGAACAUAUUCCUCACCAGCGAUGGAGCUGUCAAACUCGGAGACUUUGGGUCAUCAUGUGUUCUUAACAGUGCAAAGGCCUAUGCGUGCACUUAUGUUGGAACCCCUUACUAUGUGUCACCUGAGAUCUGGGAUAACAAGCCAUACAAUAAUAAGAGUGACGUCUGGUCCCUGGGCUGCGUCCUCUAUGAGCUCUGCGCCCUCUGUCACCCAUUCCAGGCCAGCAGCUGGAAGAGCCUCAUCCUGAAGGUGUGUCGGGGUGCCUACACACCCUUACCUGCCCACCUGCCCUAUGAGCUGCACUACUUGGUCAAGCAAAUGUUCAAGACCAACCCCCGAGACCGGCCCUCGCUGAACACCAUCCUAACCUCGCAUCGUAUCUCUAGGCUUCUGCACAAGCACCUGCCCCAUCAUGAGCUGAAGGAAGGAAUGAAGGAAGGAAGAACUUCCAGAUGGAAGAGGGAUGAAGGGGAGAAAGUUGCUGCAUUCCUUGGGCAGAAGAGCAUAUUGUUAUCUUCUUCAGUGGGAGAAAGUUUUUCUGAAACGCCGGACCCCAUGGGUAAGGAUGAGAGUGAGCGACCUCGCAGGAGGUGGGCAAAGGAGCCGUCGGAGACCGUGCUGGAGGUCCUCGGAAAUGCUGAACUCACCAGCACCUCCUCCUGCGCUUCCUCUUCCAGAGAACACAGGAGUAGCCCAGAGUUCACCUCACGGAACUUGAUCUCUGAGGAGUCUGAGAUCAGCCAUCGAAGGCAGUGGGACAAGAGCCCCCCCGAGAGGCUGCUGAGUUUGCUGGAAAAUGCCCCCGUUAGCAUGGCUUUCAAAACCUUCACUGUCCUUCGGCCAGAUGGUGACAAUCCCCUGGUCGGCCCCCUGUCCCCAGCACGGCGCGAUGACACAGACGGACUCGUGGGAGACGCCGUUGACGACUCCAGGCUGGAGCCACGGUCUGACGACGAAGACACGGACUUUGAAGAGGAGUCUCCGUGUGACUGGGUUGGGGAGCUGGAGAGGAUGGUAACUGCCAGAGAGUAACGACCCACAACUGCCAUGAAUAGUUUUCAUGAAAAGUAUUUAUAAGUGUUCAUUCUGUUAAAUGGCCAUUCUAAAUGUAUCACGAUGUCAAUGCUGGAAUCUUUUUUAAACAUAUCUCAACUGCCAAUUAAAUAUUUGUAUUACUGUUGAAGUUUGAA